AUGGUCCCAUGUGUUGCUUUAUAGGUGAUGCGCUACCAGGUUCUGCUGUCCUUGAUGCUGUCCAGCCAGACGAAGGACCAGGUGACCUCAGCAGCCAUGACCAGACUGAAAGAACAUGGCCUGACUGUGGGCAGGAUCCUGGAGACCGAUGAGGAGACGCUGGGGAAACUCAUCUAUCCUGUGGGAUUCUGGAAGAACAAGGUGAAAUACGUCAAGAAGACGACGGAGAUACUUCAGGAUCAGUACGGCGGUGACAUUCCCGAUAAUGUAGCAGAGCUGGUGAAGCUUCCUGGGGUGGGACCUAAAAUGGCUCAUCUGAUUAUGGACAUUGCCUGGAACAAGGUAUCUGGGAUUGGUGUGGACACUCAUGUACAUCGUAUUUCCAACAGACUGAAGUGGGUGAAAAAAGAAACCAAGACCCCUGAAGACACUCGUGUGGCCCUCGAGGACUGGCUGCCAAGAGAUCUCUGGAGCGAAAUCAAUUGGCUACUAGUCGGUUUUGGGCAGCAGGUUUGCCUCCCUGUGUCCCCCCGGUGCUCUGACUGCCUAAACAGAGACAUCUGUCCUGGGGCAACUAAAAAGAAGUGAUGGAGAAAAAGAGAGAGGGAGGUGAAUCGUCUCGGAUGCCACAAGUUCAAAAAGAUUCCAGUUACUUACAUUUACAAGGGGACGUCAGUAAGUUAACAUCGGGGGCCACCAGGACCCUCAGAUAGUAGCCAAAUGUGCCACUUGCUCUGCAAGGCCAAACACAAGGAGCCCAUUGAUUUUAAUGAAAACUGUGAUGCCUUCUUCUCCCUGCGGGGGCACUGCAGGCUGAUAGAACAGUUUCUGCCAUGUCUCUCUACAGAGAUUGCUGGUGGUCCUCGCCUUUAGCAAAAAGGGAUCAUCCGGAGAGGACAAUUUAGGCCGGGUUCACAUCUGCAUUAGGUCUCUUCUUUCACACGAGCGUGACGGAUUAGCUCCAGGUGCGUUCAGUGAAACUCACACC